ACCUGCUACACACGGCGCCUCCCACACUCUUUGUCACCGGACCGCCCGGUACAGGUAAAACUGUGGUGCUGCUGCUGAUGGCCAUACAGUGGCUGCGGUGUGGUCACCACGUCUACGUUGUCAGUAGUUGGCGGAGAAGUCGGGCAGCCUGUACAAUGUUGUACUAUCUGCUGAAAACAGAAACAACACCCGGUCAGCCUCACCUGCUGCAGUAUGAGUUUAUUGACGAGAAACACGUGGAGAAGGCCGUCAACUACUUGUCACAGGCGGCGGUGGGAGGGUCGUUGUACGUCAUCGCCGAUGAAGUAGUACGUGAAUACAGGUCAAACUUUCAGACUUUUUGUAACAAACUGCUGACACAAAUUCCUGGUGUCCAUCUUUGGGCGGCAAGCUGUUACCAUGGACUGGCGCCCAAAGACUGGCACGAAGAAUAUUUAACCAGACCCCUCCGCUCUCCACCGGUGGUAGUCAGAGAAGUCCAGAAGGCUCGGGACAUAGUAAAAGAGGGAACUGUCCAUGGAUACAGUGACCGUGGUGUACCUGACCACACAGACGGCCCGUCAGUCCAGUGGUUGUAUCAUGGAGGAGAGGGUCACCUACCUGUCUGGCUAGGAGACUGUAACAUGUGCGGUCGUCAGGUGGCUAACUUCCUCCACAGUCUCCGUGAAGUCGCCCUGGGACAAACAAUUUAUUCAAGUAUCCUAAGCGGAUACAAAACUCCACCCGUCCUACAGUGGCGGGACGUGCUGGUGUUGUGCUGGGAACCCAGCAGUGACAACUCGGGUAUAAUCACUGGACUCAUUGAAGCGGGUAUCCCAGUGCGGGUGAUGAAGGAGGAUGACAUCGAGGACGUGGCCACGGCCCGCAGUGACGUGGUGUGGGUGGCAGAUGGAUGUCGUGUUCAGGGUCUGGAGAGAAAAGUCGUCGUGUGUCUCGGUUGCAGCGAUCUUUCCGUCACAUUGCACAACAUGUCGCGGUGUACAUCACAGCUUGUGAUUGUCUGUCCUGACCCCAACAUCUCUAGUCAAGUGUAAAUGAAGAAAAUACUCCAAAGACAAUAAUGGGUAGUGUGCACGUACAUGUGAUUAUCUACAUUAAAAGUCUUGGUCAUUAAACUUUGUCUUGAAUAUUAUUGAAAGAAAACAAGGUUCUGGUAUCUUGUAAACGGAAGUAUUAUUAAACAUUGUAAAUAAUUGGAAACUCUUUUAGGUUAUAAUAUUUAUAUUACUUAGAAAAGAAAUAAAUUUUUCAUGAACUCGAA